AUAAUAAAUAUAAAUUAUGAAAUCUCUUCUGAUACUACUAGCUAUUGUUGUGAUCGCUUCUUGUGAGCCAGAACACCCAAGAUGGCCAACCAAAUUUUCUGUUGAUUUCUCAGAGACCUUCAAAUAUGGUCCUCUUGAGAAAUCUACUGACGGAUCUUUCUUCUAUGAUGCUGCUAGCGGAAGAUAUAAGAUCUCCAGGGAAAAUGGUCACUACGAUAGGUACUGCGGUGCUAAUGGAUUAAAAAUCUUCCAAAAUACUCCUUGUGAACAAAUUGUUGAUGCUAGCGGUGACAGAUACAUCCAUUACCCAGAGAAGAAUCAAUGCUGCUUCUGCUGUGACGCUGUCCACGGAUGUGGAAUCUUAAAGCCAAACUGGCAGCAAGGAGCUGAAUUCCUUGGAGAGACCGAAUACAAUGGUGUUUCAGCUUAUAAAUGGGACAAGAAAGGACUCCAAAGUAACUUCUAUUAUGAGACUAUUUCUGAAAAUCCAGAGAAUAGGAUCAUGCUUGGUAUUGAUCAGCAACCAAAUGAUAACCAGGUAUACGACCCAGCUACUUGGAGCCGUGACUUUGAUGAUUCUGAGUUGGAAUUGCCAAGCAUUUGUGACAGAAGCAAUACUUGCAGUUGGGUUAGUGUCUGCACUGCUGUCAACCACGCUUAAUUCUCUUGUUAAAUAAUUCUGAGCUAUUCCAAUACGUCACUU